AAGGGUUAGUUUGGGGUCUUUUCUCUUUGUGUGUGAGUUAGAGGAACUGUGUCUGAGUGUUGGUGAAGUGCUGCUUUGCUGUUUAAGAAGCUGGUAGCGUAGUGAAAAUGGGGUGCUGCUGCAGUAAGGAACUGAGCCCAGGUCUGCUAAGUGAGAGGACCAGGCUGCUUCAGGCAUCAAGCCCAGAGGCGCUGGGGAUCAAACACCAGGACACACUACACACUAAAGCUUUGGCUCAACAUGUGUCUGACGAAAUGGCUCAACACACGUGUGUACCGGACGGACCGGCCAAACGGAAACUUCAGGAACAGGAGAAGAAGAACAAUGUCAUCCCGGACAACGUGUCGACAGGCCCCAAGGCGAGGCAUAGCAGUGUCAGUGGCAUGCGGAGUGGGGGGCUACUCACUCCGCAACACUCACACGAGGAGGAACUGGCUAUUAUUAACGCCUCCACAGGCCCCAGCAUGGUCACACAGACAAACACGGACACACACACACACAUGGACUCGACGGAGGCAGGCGUGCCACACACACCCGCUGCCAAGGCCAGGGCCAGCUGUGGGAAUGUUCCAUAUUUGGAGGAGAGUGUGAAGAGCCCAUUAAAACAGAAGACAGCAGAGAACACUAUGGAUAAUUCCGUUAGACAAAGGAUACAGAACACCAUGGAGAACCCACCCAAACAGAAGAUGGAGAAGACAAUGGAGAACCUAGCGAAACAGAUAGAGAAUACCAUUCAGAACCCAGACAGACAGAUAGAUAGGAUAGAGAACACUGUGGAGAGCCCAGUGAGACAGAGGAUAGUGGAGAACGCCCUGCUUAGGUCUACUUGGUUCAACCAGACCCCGGAGCCCGGCCAGGAAGAGACAGAGGGCUGGAGGACCCCCCUGGUCGGAACAUCCCCAACCCACCAGCUGUAUAAUAUCAGAGCUGGGGGGGAUUCCACUAGAGUAGGAGCAGAGGAAGAUGAGGAGGAAGACUGUGUCAUCAGGGCAACCUUGGGGCGGGGUUUCAGGGCCAGAGCUCAGAGCUUCUACAGCAUCUGUUCCAUCGAUGCUGACGACCUCGACACUGACCAAUCCAACACAGAGGAACAGACAGCCUUCAUCCAAUCACACACAGCGGAACCUACAGCAAUCCAAUCACACAUAGCCAAAACUACAUCCUCUAUUCAAUCACACGUAGCCGAACAUACAGCUUCUAUCCAGUCACACAUAGCCGAACCUACAGCUUUCCAAUCACAUUUAGAGGAACAUACAGCCUCUAUCCAAUCACCCGCAGAAAAACCUGAAGCCAAUGACCAAUCACACAGAGUGGAAUCUGCAAAGGCUGACCUAUCGCACAUAACGGAACCCAAGGUUUCUGAACCCAUGGCUUCUGACCAAUCAAAAACAGUUGAAUUUACAGCCAUCGACCAAUCACAAACAUUGGAACCUACAGCCUUUGACAAAUCCCACUGUGAGCCCCCCGAGGCACCUGUUCUGCCGGACCUUCUCUGGAGAAGCUAUGAGGACCCUCAGACUUCACAACAGGACAGCUCCAUCACCCCCGGAGACACCAGGACCCCACCACUAACUGGAGACAUUACAGAUCCCGACAUACUUGAGCUGACAUCACGCCAGGAGGAGAGUGUGUGUGUUAAGGACGAGAAUGUGUGUGUUAAGAAGACAGGUAUUUUGUCCACAGUGAAGACUGUUGAUAGCAGCCAGGAAGGAGAAAACACAAAGAGGGAUUUGAACCUCCAUGAUACUCAAAACAAUAUUUCCACCCCCACAUACCCCUGCCCUCCUAACCCUACCCUUACAGAGGAGCAGCUCACACACAGCCCCAGCCUUAGCUCUAGCCCCAACUCCAGCCCCCUGCUUGGGGCAGUGGAUGGGGCCACAUGUGUAGAGGAGAUGGAGAGGAUUGAGGUAUACCAAGCGGUCUCAGUGAGGAUGAUCAGUGAGGGGCUGAAAGGAGAGACAGAGGAGGAUGAGGAGGAGGAGGAGACCAUACUCAGCAGCACAGUGGAAACCACACUAACAGAGGUAUCACCAGUCUCCACACUCUCUUCACUAUCCACAGUCUAUCCAGUCUACGCAGUGUCUCUACCCAUGGACUUUACUGUCCACUCAUUCAAAUCUGACCUUAGACCAGUGGAUAUAGAACAUGAAGUUGGAACAAAACCUGAUCAGUAUGAUAUUACUUCUGACAGCAACGCCAAGCCUGAUCAAAACACAACACAUGUGUAUGCUGGGAGACCUGAUAGGGAUGAUGUAAAACCUACUGGAAAUAACAGAAGCCCUGUUGAUGACUCAGAACUCACUGAUUGGCCAGUCCAGGGUGAGGAUAUAGUGGGAAGGUCUGCAGCAACAGAGAAGGAGCCGGAAACCAGUGUGGAACAGAAACACUGGCAGGAAAUGGCUGCCAUCACCAGUCACCCCACAAGAGAGAGCAGCUAUCCUCAGAAUUGUAGAGAGGACAGAGAGAGCAGCAAUCCUUCUCAGGGUUGGGAGGACAGAGAGAGCAGCAAUCCUUCUCAGGGUUGGGAGGACAGAAAGAGCAGCAAUCUUUCUCAGGGUUGUGAGGACAGCGAGAGCGGCCAUCUCUCUGAGGAAAGAGGAGGCUCUACUCCUGUCACUCAGGACCUGCCUAGUGGGGACACUCACUUACAGCCCUGCAAAGGUCCUCCAUCCUCCUUGUCCCAUUUCCUUUCAAUAGGUUCAGAAUGGAGAGAGGGGAGGUUGAGUUCAGAGGGAGGAACUGAACCCACUGACUGCAGAAACCUGUCUGAGAAGAACACAGAGGACGGAACACACGCGGAGGACAGAACACACGCGGAGGACGGAACACACGCGGAGGACGGAACACACGCAGAGGACAGAACACACGCGGAGGACGGAACACACGCGGAGGACGGAACACACGCGGAGGACGGAACAACACGCGGAGGACGGAACACACGCGGAGGACAGAACACACGCGGAGGACAGAACACACGCGGAGGACGGAACACACGCGGAGGACGGAACAACGCGGAGGACGGAACACACGCGGAGGACAGAACACACGGAGGACGGAACACACGCGGAGGACGGAACACACGCGGAGGACGGAACACACGCGAGGAGGACAGAACGCACGGAGGACGGGAGGACGGAACACACGCGGAGGACAGAACACACGCGGAGGACAGAACACACGCGGAGGACGGAACACACGCGGAGGACAGAACGCACGCGGAGGACGGAACACACGCGGACGAAAGGGCAGAGAUACACACUGAGAAUAGAAUAUCCCUCCUAGAGGAAUGUGUUGCAACAGACAGCCUCAGUAGCGUGUGUAGUGUAGGAACACAGUCUGACAGUAGUUUAGGGACACUCCCUGAGGACACUGAGUGUAGUAAUAUAGCAACAAAUGACAGUGUGUUUGUCACCCCUGUUUUCCCACCUGUGACAUUUGAAUUCAGCCCAUUUGAUGAACCCCUGAAGUUUGUUUCCCACGGCGAUGACUGCUCAGAUGUGGACUACCCUGUAGACGAUGCAACGACGGCAGAUUCCUAUUUGUUGGUGGGAGUGCUGGGGGUGGAGCCUGAUCAGAUUGACGUUUACGCCUCGACCCCCUCUUACCAGAUACAGUUCCUGGGUCAGGGGUCACUGGCUGUCACCACGGACAUGGACACCAUGGGGGUGAGAGGACAGGUCGAGGAAGGGGGCAUGAUAGACAUGGUGUCAGAACUGCUGGGAGAGGAAGGGGACCCCACCCUCUCUGGCCUCUAUCCCUCUCCCUGGACGCAUUUAGGGCCAGGGCUGGUAGAGGAAGAGGUAUGUGGAGGAUGGGCCCAGGGGCUGGCCCAGGGUAUGGUCCCCAGCCAGGGUGAGGGUGAGGAGGGCUGCGAGGAGGAGCAGCCCUCUAGCUCCAUGGACCUGCUGGGAGUCUACCCCACCUACAGCACUCUUCUGCCUCAGGACUCUUGUCUCUGGGAAUGGCACCAUCAGUACCAGCCUAAAUCCACCCUGGUCUCUGAGCUCAACCCCAACGCUCAGGUAUGGGCCAAUCACAUGCUUAGUCUGGACCACUCGAGCCCCAUCUACACUGACUCCCGUCUACCAUGGCUAGCCGUUAACCAGGAAGGGUAUGACCAGGGAUAUGACCUGGAGGAAGUGGGCGAGGCUCAGCUGGAACCGAGCGUCGUAGAAUUCACAACGGUCACUAUGGGAAACCUGUCAACCAAUGGCCUGGUCCAGGACAGCUGUGUAUCAGAGGAGCUCAUCGAUCAACUGAAGACCUCACUGGAGUCCUGUCUGUCACGGGAGAACCUUGCCAACGACCUCUACCUCGUCUCCCAGAUGGACAGCGACCAGUUUGUUCCCAUAACAACGCUAGCCAACCUCGACCACAUCAAGAAGCUCAGCACGGACUUGGAACUCAUCUCUGACGUCCUCAAGUCCUUGCCGCUGGUGGAGGUGGCAGAAUGUGGGCAAAAGGUACGGCCCAAUCAGGGACGCUGUAUCGUCAUCCUCCGAGAGGUCCCGGAGACCACACCCCCAGAGGACGUAAAGGCUCUGUUUGCGUGUGAGAGCCUCCCCAGGAUCCAGAGCUGUGAGUUUGCCCAGAACGACAACUGGUUCAUCACCUUUAAAACUGAGGCUGACGCUCAACAGGCAUUUCAGUACCUGAGAGAGGAGGUGAGGACGUUCCAGGGAAAACCCAUCAAGGCACGGAUCAAGGCCAAUGUGAUGGCAGUCACAUCCUACGCUCCAAAGAAUGGCUACAGGCCCCGCGCAAUGGACUCCUGCACAAAUCAGCAGCCUUACAACCAAUACUACGCCCAUCCCACUUUCCAGCAGCCCCUCCCACAGCUUUACCCAAUGACCAAUCAAAGCUUGGAUGCCAUGGCCGGAUACACGGACCCUGACCUGCAGAUGGCGUCAUUAUCUGGCUUCAUGAACGGCUUCCCAGGAGGCCCCAGCUUCAAAAUAUCCCCCUCAUACAGACACAGUAGGGGGCACCGUGGGCAGCGGGACCAGAGGCUGCGGUCUGGCGAUAGGGAGCCGGGCCUUCUGGAUGACCCCCCCUUCUUCCCAGAGCAUGUACCAAUAGGACGCCCCCCUGGCCCCCACAGGCAGGGCCCGCCACGGUUACCAGGCAACAGGCGUAUGGAGGGAGAAGGGGGUCGACGUGGAGGGAGAAGGGAGUCAGGGUCCUCCCCAAGCACUGGCAUAGGAAGGAGAGGCCCCAUUGGUCAGAGGAGGAGAAGAGAUGAGAAGUACACUAGAGAGCCCCCCAAGUCGCCCCCCCGCUCCUUGUCUCCCAGUCUGGAGCUUGGCCCUACUAGCUUCCCCCCGCUGCCCCCAGCAACAGCCUCCAGAGAAACACUUACCAUAGCAACCAGCAAUCACAAAGCAACCUGCAACCACAAGUGUGCAGUUACAUACAGCAGUACCAGCCAACCAACCACUGUGACAUUACAAGACCUCCAGCCUAUCACAGCAUUGCCUCAGAAAAACCACCCCCCAGAGAAGCUGAAGGAAACCAUGCUAUCUCUCAAGAGGACCACAGCAGCUCCUCCGACCGUGAAAGAACCUAUCCAGACCACGAAGGAAAACAGACCAGCAGUGGAGUCCAAGAAGCCAAGCUACGCUGAGAUCUGCCAAAGGAUACGAGCCAAUCAAACACUUUGCGCAAACCCCAUUGACCACACCCCAUCCGGGGCGGAGCUUGCCCCAGCCUAUCCUGCACAGGAGUCUGACCAGGCUCAGUUACCACGGUGACCAGAGUGAGCUGGUUACUUUUGGUUGGGGAGGGCAAGAGGGGAGGAGGAGAGAAGAGGAGGACGUUUUUCAAGCCAAAGGAAAAAAAUCUAUAGCCCUUUAAUGUUGAGGUUUUCAUUUGUUUUAUUUAUAAAGUUUAGUUAGUUUUAGAAGCCAAGUUGUAGAACUCUUGUUUUUCUCUGCUGUCUGUCUGUCCGUCUUGUGUCUGUCUGUCUGUCUGUCUGUCUGACUGACGGAAGUCUCUGAAUUCUUUACGGUUUAAUAUUGAUUAAUUUAUUUUUAUGAAUAUUGAUUAGUAUUUAGACCAUCAGACAUACUUCUGUAUUAAUUCCUAAGUCUAAAUAACUUCUGCGGAACAGUUACAAUAACUACACUGAACACACACAACAGUUACAGUAACUACACUGGAACACACUGGAACAGUUACAGUAAC